AUGGCUGAUCUUUGCACGAGGCUCUGGGUGCUCCAGGCAAACCUCUGGCUGAUGGCUCUGGUCACAGGUGGGAUGUCAGCAGACCAGAACAGCACCAGGAACACCACAGGCGGCAGGUGCCCUAUGGUGCAGCAGGACCCACGCUACGUGGCAGCCAAGAAGAACAAGCCCGUCCACUUCAUCUGCUACUCCCGGGAGCCCGAUAGCAUGCAGUGGUACAAAACAACAGAGAACAGUGAUGACCUCUACGAGCUGGAUCAUAACACCUCCCGCUAUAGCAUCGAGAGGCAAGACAACUUCAUCAGGUUCACCAUCUUCAGGAUCACCUACGAGGACAACGGCAUCUAUGUGUGUGACAGCAAGAACCUCACUGCAGAGAAGAAGCGGCCGCACUUGUGCGGGACAGAGCUCAGAGUCAUGGGUCACAGUAGCAUCCAGCAGCUCCAGAGCAGGAACACGCUGAAAGAUGCCAUCAUCAUCAUCCAGUCCAUCCUGCUUGUCAUCUUCAUCAGCGUCCCCAUGCUCCUGUUCCUAGAUAAAGGUGAAGGCAAGGAAAUCCCGGAGGAGGACCAUACCUACGAGGGCCUGGAGGUGGAGCAGAUGGCCACCUACGAGGACAUCACUCCUUUCCGGGACGUGAAGGCCAAGUGGACAGUUGGGGAGCACCCAGGCGAAGAGUGA